AUGGUCGAGGAUGCCAGAAAGGCGGGCUUGCCCUUGGCCCUGGAGCUUGACGACGGACGUCUUUUCGGUGUAGCAACCUCUUUCUCGGCCUGUCAGUGGUUGCUCGUAGCCCAGAUUUUCAAUACGGACACCUUCACGUAUUCUAAACUCGAGCAAGAAAGGCGGCUUCCAUUCCUUAACUGGGAUCCUCCUGUUUAUUUGGGCACUUUCAGCACCGUGUGGGAAAGAGUCCUCCACAAAGACCAUCUCAUUCUUGGUCAAGAACAGAGCAACAUGAAGUUUGACUCGGAGCACCCUCGGCUCGCUUUGAAGGAGCUGAAGCUCGCCACAGACGAGGUAAAAAGGGUUACAGGCACAAACAUGUCUGAAGCUCAAAUCCUCGAAACCAUGAAUCGCAUUGGGCACCAGCAUCUACUUCAGACGAUUGCCCACUACGAACGGGGCGGCAAGGAUUACUUCCUGUUCCCGUGGGCUGAGCGGGGCAGUCUCCGAGAGUAUUGGAAAACUACGGCCCCGACCCCGACGCCCGAGUAUGUCAUGUGGCUCGUUGCCCAGAUGGCAGGUCUCGCAGACGCUGUUAGCAAGCUACACGACAGGGGAUGUCGCCAUGGUGAUCUAAAGCCCGACAACAUCCUAUGUUUUGGAGGGCAGAGUGAUGCCACUGAAGACACCAUGGUGCCACCCGACCGCCUGGUCGUUGGCGACCUUGGUCUUGCUAAAAUCCAUGAUUUCAUCACAGCAAUGCGCAAAAACAUCGCUACCGACACCAAGGCCGGCACUAUGAUGUAUUCCCCCCCAGAGUAUGUUCAAGGUGGUACGGCCCCUUGGUCACGGCUCUUCGACAUAUGGUCACUCGGCUGCAUAUAUUUCGAGUUUGUUGUCUGGCUCCUUCGCGGCCAACAUGGCCAGCAAACGUUAAGUCGGUCGGUCGCGCCCAAUGAUAGUGAGAGAAACACCUUCUACACCCUCAUCGGGGGCGACGGCACAACGGAAAGGCAGAUCGCGGUUCAUGGUACUGUCAAACAGUACAUUGAGGAGCUCUUGAAUGACCCGCGUUGCACCGAGUCCACGGGUCUCCGGCGUGUCAUCCGUCUCAUUGCCGACGAGAUGAUAGUCAUGGAACGAACGCAGGAAUCAGAAUCAUCACGGAUAGCUCGGCCUGUGACUAUAAGACUCCAGCCCGCCACCACCAUCGAGCCCGAAGAGAAGAAAAAGGUGCGAGCCACGGCUCACAAGGUGCACAAAAUCCUGACCACGAUUCUCUCCGAUAUGAAGAGAGGCAUCACGGAUGCGAUAGGGAAUCUGGAACCUUCAGACGACCCACACCCACCUUCAAACAAGCUAAAUCUGCCCUCACAUGAGCCGGACCAACUUGCCCCAAAGCCUGCCCUAGGGACUCCAGCGGACCACCGCGCAAGGAGUUACCUAAAUGUUCCGGUAUGUCAUAGGAUUCCUCAACCCUCUCGGUUCAAUGAAGCUUGGGAGCACAGUCCCGACACAGAAAUAGCGGGGAAGAUAUUCGAUUAUCUCCAAACUACGGGCACAGAGGGUGGUGCAGUCAUCCCCGCUCCGUAUCGCCGUGGUGUUUCCCCUCUCUGCCGUCGAUGCGCCCAGUUGAAGCUUUCAGCUCCCAGUCUGAGUUUCGCUGAUACACUGGCGGGUCUAGCGGAAAAGAAAGGCCGCUGUGCUCUGUGCGCCCUCCUCUACUCGUCGUGCGUCCGGCCGCAUGAAAGUCUCCCAAGGAAGGCGAGAGUCCAAUUUUCGAGGGCUGGUUCGUAUCUCACGGCCCGCAGAGAGCGUGAAGAGCCGCAGCUGGUGGCAUCUCUCUACCGCACACGGUUUGUCCACAACGCCCAGGAUGUCCAGCUGGGAUUUCCUAACCUACCCGCGCCGGGCAGCCGCUUGCACUUGGAACUCCUCUCCCUAUGGGUCGAGGCCUGCGACCAGAAUCACUCUCAAACCUGCUCUCGGAGUCACAGUCACACCUGCUCUCGGAAACCGCCGGAGUUCUUCCCUACACGAGUCAUUGACGUGGGCAAACGAGAGGGUGUAGUGCGACUCUUAUACGAAACCACUGAUAUUGACCCCUCCAGCAGAUACGUGGCCUUAUCACACCGAUGGGGGCCCCCUCCGCCCCCAGGCCCGGUCGAAUCCAACGAUAAGCCCCCUAUGAUCCGCACCACGGUGGCGGAACGCCCCAUCCCCCUCACCCAACUCCCCCGCACCUUCCGCGACGCCGUCGAGGUGACACGCGCCAUCGGCGCGCAAUACCUGUGGAUCGACUCCCUCUGCAUCGUGCAGGACGACCCGCACGACUGGCACAACGAGUCCCAGAGGAUGGAACGCGUCUACGCGUCGGCUUAUUGUACUCUUGCUGCCAUUCGUGCGAGCAGCCCGGAGGAUGGGUUUUUGGCGGCGGCGGCGGCGGUGGCGCCGUCGCUGCCGCCGGGCGGGGUGGAGGAUGAGAUUUAUGUGUGUGAGAUGGUGGAUGAUUUUGAUGAGCAUGUCAGCCGCAGCGAGCUGCAGAGACGGGGGUGGGUGUUGCAGGAGCGGGCGCUGUCGAGGCGGACGAUACACUUCACUGAUAAGCAGACGUACUGGGAGUGUGCUGACGUAUACCACAGCGAGCAAGCCGCGUUCCUCGGCGAUAGCAACUUUCCCAAGUAUGCGGACGCGCGUUCCAGGGGGAAGAGAAUCAAGCUCAUCCAGGGCUUGUACGAGCAGUAUUCAGCCAUGCAGCUCACUUACGCCAAGGACAGACCGGCCGCGAUCCGCGGUCUCGAAGCGCGGCUGGUGCAGACCAUCGGAGGGCCCGGCGGCCACGGCGUCUUCCGAAACCAUAUGCAUCGCUACCUCCUCUGGAAGAGACGCGGAGAAAACGGCCUGGAGCGCAUCACCAACUUCCCGCCAGACGAGCAGGUCCCGUCCUGGUCGUGGAUGGCGUACGCCGGCGAAAUCAAGUACAUUGACGUUCCGGGGUACAACGUCAAGUGGGACGAGACCCUUAGCUGGCCCGAUUCCGUAUCCGACCCGGUCCCCUUCAGGCUUGAGGCUCCCGUGCGAGACAUUUCUAAGCUGCAAGCCGAGGAUAUCACGCUAGACGACGGUACUCAGAUGAUUACGCAGGCACCCAAGUGCGUCGUCGUGGGCACCAUUCGGGUGCGAGCAGACAUGUGGGGGGGAUAUGAAAAGUACUGCUACGUCUUGAUUGUUGAACCUGUACCCGAAUCGGAUGGAGGAAGUGAGAGCGGGAAAGCCUGGCGGAGGCUCGGGGUGGGAAGACUCCGGCUACAAAAUAUCGUUUUCGAGCCGAAGGGACAACCCCUUGACUGGAACUGGAUUGUAUAA